AUGUCGACCGUCUUCGCCUCCCUGGUACGCCCACCCAAGCUGCGACGCGCUUCCGCAGCUACGCAGCCCGCGGCCCAGCCUCCGCCCUCGAUCGACAGUCAUGGCCUCGACGAGCCCGACCUGCGCGACCUCAAUGCCGCCCUGCAAGCGCUUACCGACAUGUUCCCCGACCUGCAACCCGAGGUUUUCCGAGAGAUGCUGUCUACUUUUAGCGAAGAGAGCAGGCUGCAAGUCGUCACCGAGACGCUCUUGAAGCAUGGCGACAAGUACGUGCGGGGCCGGUACAGGAAGCCUGCUGAGCAGGAAGAGCAGCGGGAGACGGCGCAGAAGUACAAAUACCGCAAAGAAGACGCACCGAGGGAUACUCGAGGCAUACCCCUUGCGCUGGAAGAGAAGUUCCGGUCACGACGGUAUAAAGAGGCUGCCAAAGAAGCGCUGUAUCAGGAAUUCAAAGGCCUGAGCCACUCAACCAUCAAGGCUGUGCUGGCUGAAUACAACUACAGCUAUACGCAUGCACGACCGACGCUAUUGGAUCUGUCAACUAGAAGCUGGAGGUCCAGCAUCACCAACUUCCUGAUGCGCCGGAAGGCGCCGACGGCCAGUGAUCACCCCCUGGUCAUAUGGACUCCCGCCGACGAACGCCUGAACCGUCCGUCUAUGCCACUUCUCGUAAAGACUCGAAGCGACGAGCUGAACCAGGAGCUGUACAACGCACUCAUUGUACCGGAACAUGAGAAACACCGGAACGCGCAAUUGCGACAGGACUAUGACUUGGCCAUGCAAUGGAACGAAGAGGAGGCCGAGCGUGAAGGCGAAAUGUACGACUGCGAAUGCUGCUUCAUACCCAACACGCUUCAGCAGAUGUCGACCUGCGAUAUCGACGGCCACUACAUCUGCUUCCGUUGCAUACGGCAUGCUAUCAACGCUGCCCUCUACGACCAGGGCUGGGCGCGUAACAUCAACACGGACCGGUGUACCCUGAAAUGCAUAGCGCCUAUGACCGGUGGCUCCGAAGAGUGUCGUGGCUGCAUACCCUUCUCGUUUGUGAAGCGCGCUCUUCUGGAAGAGCAAGAUGGAAAGGACAACCUGAACAAACUCAACGAGCGCUUCGCUAGCGAUGCACUGACCAGAUCUCAGCUACCACUCGUACAGUGUCCCUUCUGCUCGUAUGCCGAGUUGGAUGACCUCGCGCUUCCAGAUACCAACCUCUUCGCCAGCCUACGUUUCAAAUCCCGCCCACUCAUGCUGGCUUCGCUGGCCUCUGUGCCCUUGUUCGAGCUGCUGUGCUUCCAAGCCACUCGAGCCUUACUUUUCGCAUUUAUUCUUAUCUACACCUUCGUCACCAUCACAUUUCGCCUGCCCGUCAUCGCACCCUUUCGAUCCGCGCUCAGGCGUGUCCACCUAAAGCGUCGCGGUCUUCGGUUUCAGUGUCUAUCCCCAAGCUGCGGUCGCGCAUCCUGCCUCUCGUGCUCCCUUCCCUGGCAUGACCCCCACACAUGUUUCUCUUCCCAGCUCACGUCCCUUCGUCUCACACUCGAACGUGCUACCACAGACGCAGUCAAGCGUACCUGUCCUCAAUGCAACCUAGGCUUUGUAAAAUCCGAGGGCUGCAAUAAGCUCGUUUGCCUUUGUGGGUACAGCAUGUGCUACAUCUGCCGACAGGGUCUUGCGAAUGAGGGCUAUCAACACUUUUGUGGACACUUCCGUGAACGGCCCGGACAGCCAUGCGGCGAGUGCAACAGAUGUGAUCUAUACCGCGUAGAGGACGAAGAGAGGGUGGUCAAGAGGGCCAAAGACAGAGCCGAGGCAGAGUGGUGGGAAGCGCAGGGUGAUGGCGCGAAGGAAGGGCUGCAGAAAGAGGUCGGGAAGAACGAAGGCUCCGCGGCGAAAGGGGUGGCAGGGCUGAAGAGGGGAAAUUGGGAAGCCUGGAUUGAAGGUGUACUGGAUAGUGUGCUUGUUUAA